GAGUUAUUACGUGUGUAUCUUCCAUAUAUAAAUUAUUUUGAGGUCACUAAAGAGGCUCUCAGUUCCUGUGAUCGUCAGUUCCCAAGGUUUCAUGCUUUCCUUAAGUGUAAUGAGUCCAAACCAGAGUGUGGCCGCCAGACACUAUCAGAACUACUGAUAACACCAGUACAAAGAAUACCAAGGAUCAUAUUAUUACUACAAGAUUUAUUAAAGCGUACUGAUACUGGCCACAUUGAUUACAAGCAGUUGGAGGAAUCAGUUGAAAAACUUAAGAAUGUAAUGGAACACAUAAAUGAAGACAAGAGGAAGACAGAGAAGCAGAUGCACAUGUUUGAACUUAUACGUGACAUUGAAGACGUCCCGGCGACGGUCCUUUCAUCUCAUCAUUGGUUUAUUUCAAGACAUGAUGUGUUGGAGUUAAAUAUUAGCAAUAAUGGAAAGACUAAUAAACCAUUGUCUAUAGCAUUGUUCCUCUUCUCUGACAGCAUUGAGUUUAAUUUGGUAAGACAGUCUGAUCAAUCUCAAUUACUAAUACCAUUACUUCAUGAUCCUAAGACUAACAAUAAUUUUGUACCAAAGCGUACCUCUCCAGUAUCAAGGACUGAUCUAUCUCUCUCUCUUCAGUUUGUGUAUUGA